CACUGUGGGAAAUUCAAUGUCGAAGGCCGAAGGUUUGGGUCAAAAUGUCAUCAACAAAAAAUAAAAGUGCUAGAGCAAUGAAAACAGCUCAGAAAUCUGACAAGGAAAAUUGCCAACCCAUCAGUCGAAAGAAAAGCAAACUUCCUUUACCAGUUGAAGAUGUUACUUUGAGGAAGAUGAAGACUCGUGCUAAACCGGCUCCCAACUUCAAUAAGUUGCAUUCCCAGUGGACUCACAAGCUGCAGAUGGGGAAAGCUUGUCAGAAGAAGCCAUGUACUGUGUCUCAAGAAUUCAACUUGACAAGGCCAGGAUCAAAGGCCCAGGUUAAAGUUGAGGAGGUGACUGCGGUGAAAGGCCUUGAUAUUCAAGCAGGAGACCGACAGUGUUUCACACCAGAUGCCAAGUCAGCGAAGGACCUGGAACUAAACAGAGAGCUGUCUCCUUCUCAGCAGUCAGGCCGGGCAACAAUUGCUACAUCCAAAUUGACAACAAAUACGGAAAGGUUUCUAAGAGAGUCUCGACUUGAUCACCCCUUGGACAGACACCGACCUCCUGCCAAAAGGAGUAAACCCAAUGCCAUCUUGUCUCUUGCUGAGCAACAGAAGCAAGCAGAUCUGCCGUUCAAGACUGACAAGUCGGCUCUCAGUAGCAUCUUGACCAAUUCUGGAAUAGAUAAUCGUCCAUCUGUGUUCACUCCAAAUAAGCAGUGUCCGAGAUUAUCCAUCUACUAUCAGGCUGAGAACAGGGUCUCCCUGUUUGACAACUGUAUCAAGAAACGAUUGAUGACCAUUCCCAAUGAUGUUGAGAAGGUGAUGGAGACUGACAGAAUCUGCAUUGGGGAAUCCCCCUAUGUGAAGGGAGCUAGAGUCAAGCCUGUGCGAAACUCUGUGUAUCCUGAGUAUGUCCGGAGAACCUUCCUCACUCCCUCCACCCCCAAGGCAGACAUUUACAGUCCCAUCUCAGCAGUCCCAGCCAGCACGGCUCGACGAGUACCAAAUCCAAAUUAUAAAGCACUACAAGGAUCUGUUAAUAGAAUUAGAAAAACCCUCAGAUGGGGAGACAUACUGGCAAGUCCAGACUGCACCCUUAAAGCAGAUAAUCAGAAGGUUGCAGACAUCAGUGUGAUGCCCUUGUCCCCAAGUCGGAUUGACCAAUGUCCAGAUGUCCUGAUGACCAAGCCAGCCCUUGGUGAAUGUGACGUUGUGUCCAGCACUGAACAAGGUCCCUGUAGCCGUCAGUGUGGCAAUGUGUAUAUGGGUGAGAGUGACCAUCGUCCAGAUGUCCGAGUGUCCAGGUCUGGUCUGGGUGAAUGUGACGGUAUGUCCAGCACUGAGCAAGGUCCCUGUAGCCCAGAGUGUGGCAAUGUGUACAUCAGUGGUACUAGAGCUGGGGAUGAUUCAUCGGUGAAGGCAGGAGUGAGUCAUCACCCACUAAACAACACCGGCAGCAGCAGCAGCGGCGGCAGUGGCCACUGUGUCAGAGCCGGCACCCUCCUUCCUCCUUCUCUCCCAGCAUCCAGUAGUAUAGUCGUCUCUCACACCACCCAGCCACACACACCUGGUCAUGAGAACAGUUGCCACCAGCACUCCCUGCAGCCGUCACGGUCGUCGGCGCUGGUGCACCCAGGUGCAACUGUUGUGGGUACCGUCGGUGUUGACGCUGCACAGCCCCGGCCGGCAAUGAUUGACAUUGGCACCACAUUGGCACCACACCCCGGCGAUGUCAGUUGUCAGCGCCCGUUACAGAGUUUGGAGGAGAAGGAGCGACAGCUUCUGCAGGAGUUGCAGCAGCUAAACAUGGCCAUGAGUGACGAGCAUAAACAGGACGACAAUGACAACAAUCAUCCUCAUCCUCAUCAACAUGAUCUCACCCAUCACCAGCAACAACAAGAACAACAGCUGCUCACACAGCAACAUCAACAAUCUAGUCGUCAUCAUCCAGACACCUCAGGUGUGUCUGAUGUCAUCCACCAUCUUCUUACACCAUCAUCCCGGCAACCUCCUUACCAGCGUCUGCCUCAUGGUGUGACUAUAUCUAACGUUAGUACAACACGAACACACAGCUCAGUGACUCAGGGAUUACAACUGGGUGUUCCGAGUGACAUCAACUCAAAUGUGACACGAGUAUCUCCAGGUCCUUGUCCACCUGCACCAGCAGAGAGUCAGUUGGGUGGCGGGGUGAGUGGGAUCCAGGUGACUCAGGCUCAGAUCCAGCAGCAACUCCUGGCUGUCCAACAGAGCCAGCUGGAGCUACUGAGAGUGCAGCAGCAGUUGGAGCAGAGGCUGAGGCAGAGUCAGAUGUCUUGUGGAGCCAAACCUGACCAGCCUGAGCACAACAACAAUACAGAUCUCAAGUGCAAUACACAGAGCAUUCCUCCAUGUGGCCCUGAGCAGGGUCCAUCACAGCCAGCCUGCAGGCAGGAGCAGACUCAGAUGAAAUCUGGGGAUAUUAAUGACAACUACCAGCCAUCCUCAUCAGCAGGAGCUGCACCUCAUCUUGUGACUGACUCAUGUGACUCAAAUGAAGAAGUCAAGUCUCUGACCACCUCCUCUAGUGCUGUCCACGCAGGUCGUGGGCUGCAGUCUACACAAUCUGACUUUUCCUUGUCUUCCAGUAGUAAGGUUGACUGUAUAUCUAACAUUGAACAAACUGUCCCAUCCAAGUUUCAUGAUUCCAGUCAUGUUUCUAGUGGAGGGCAACCCGUGUCCUCGACUUCUGAACAACUUUCACAGGGAAGCAGUGAAAAUGUGAGAGAAUCUGUGACCCAUGAUUCCAGUGCUCCUCUCAAACUGAGGGCACCCUGCAAGCUACCUCUGUUGAGAGAAGAGCUGGAACUGACACCAGAUGUUGUCAGUGGCACCAGAAAGUCCCACUCUCCUGCCCCUGUCACAUCCAUAGCCCUCGGUUUGUCCAUGCCACAACCCAACCGACCAUCUCAGGCAAUCUUCGAGGAGUACUCUCCUCCCACAAUCAUGCCUCCAAUAUGGACACCUCUAGCUCUCAAAGUGGCAGCUAGUCGAUCAUCCCCAAAGGGAGACGACUCUAAUGUUCCAUCACUCAAACUGGAUGAGGAAUCUGUGUGUUCAGACAAUAGGGAAAUUCCAGAAUCUUCAUGUGAACCUUCUGAAGCCUGUAAGCGUCAGUGUGUUGAAGUCUCGGAACAGUCAAGGUUCAGGAGUCUCCUGCAGGAAACAAAAUCAUCUGCCUUUGAUCAGGUCGUCCCUGCUUCUGUGACCCUUGUGACUUCCAGUUUGACCUCUGUGACCCUAAGUGCAACCUCUCCCCUGCCACCCAAGCAGGCGCGACAUGUACCGAGUGACACAGACAUUUAUCUUGAUGCACUCUUGGAUGAUGAGUGUGCUUUGUUCACUUGUCGACUACAGACUUUCUUCAGGGAUGUAUCAGAACCAGAGCGUGGUGUGCAGGAUCCUGUAGCUCGGACACUAAUGGAGGGAGAUGAUAUGCAUUUUGUGCCGAUCCAUGACGACCUAGUGACAACUACUACUUUUGAGGGUUCUGCUUUCUCAGCCUACUCCCCGGUUUGACUUUUGACAUCAGUUGACCCCAAAUGAUCUGGACUACAAUGAUCUUGACAUUCUCCCGUUCUCAAUGAUCUCAUGUUGGCCCUCGCCACCAGCCAUUGUUUUGUCAGCGUCUCAGGCGCCUAUAUAGAUUUGGUUGAUAUAUUGUUUAUUAUGUAAUUUUGAUAUGGCAUUUUGAAUAAUUGUGUACUGUUUUUAUUGUCCUCAUUACGUUCUGCCAUGAUUAUUAAGCCACAUUUCCCACUCUGACUUGAGCUGAUGUGUUAGUGUUUGAUGGAAUGAAAUUGUUCCACAGAACUGAUUUCAUCCAACAAACAGUCAACAUGUUGAAUAUUGCUGGUAGAGAUAUAUGAUUAUAUUUGAAGAAGUGCAUGUCUCCUACAUUCUGCCAAAAGAGCAGCUGGUCAGAUUACCCACAAUACAGGAGCUACAGCCUUCUGUCUGGUGUGAGUCCACACCAUAAGCUCCUCCAUCCCAACCCAGUCUAUGACAUGACACAUGGACAUUUAUAUUUAUCACAGUACUCCAUAACUGAGGUUACUGAUAGGUCAUUGAAAUAGUUUGUUUAUGUAUAUUCUAUUUUCAUACAAAAAUGUUACCACAUGCCAUUUUUUACUACUAUUCCCAGAACAAUUCUACUAUUUCUAAUUCCACUAAAUGGUUUUUAAAAAUUCUGCAGCUAAUUUUGUAAUCUUUUGAAAAGGUUAGCCAAGCAAUGAGACACAAUAUUAAACCAUUUGGGGCAUGGGGAAAUUUUAAUUAACAUUAUUAAUUAAUGUCCAAUUAAAGUAAUAAUGUUACUUCUACCAGUGUAUAACCAACACACCGACGGUAGAAUACCCAUGUUACACCAUGAGGAACAUCUGACACUUGGAACUAUGCAUAGUCCACCAUACUGUAACUGUAUCAUCAUUGUGUCCAUGUGAAUACUACAUGUAUACAUUCACCAGGUGAGAAAGAUAGAGUUGAUUUCCUGCUAAGUAGUGACAGAGUGUUAACUACGCAGGUGUUUUUCCCUGCAGGUUAGUGCAGGUGUGAUUAAUAACCUGCAUACACACAGUAUGUCAAAUACAGGCAGACAGGUGAUUACCUCAACACUUCUGCUCCACUGAGAUUUGUUACUGUGUAUUUACGAUCCCUGCCUAUCUGAAGCUACAAACAAGACCAUGCUGUUGAAGCUGGCGUAAUUUGAUUCAGUUUCCCACCUCUCCUGCUGGUACUGCCAGGCAAUACCUCACUGACUGAACACACAAACAUUGCAGUAUUCACGUGAAUAUUAUUGCCUUACCCUUGAUGAUACCGAGGAGAUGUUUAUCUGUAACAUUUGUGAAAAAUAAACCACUACUUAUUCACAAAAUCUGAUUAUGACAUAAUACAAUAAGUCUGACAUUUGUGAAUAGGUUGCCUCCCUUUCACUGAUAUUUUGGAGGGGUGGGGAUGGAGGUGAGCUUGAGUGAAAGGGGGCUACCAUUCUGUGUGUACUGAAUGGUGUAAACACUUGCACACGUGUGUAUAUCGCCCCAUUCUCACGUCAGGUGGGGAAUGUGGCUUGGGAGGAAAAUAAGAAUUACUGUCCUUGAAAUAUACCCCACUCCAGUCAGCAGUCAGCUACAUCAGAGACUGUUGUAACAGAUGUAUCAGACAGUGUUAUAACAGAUGUAUCAGACAGUGUUAUAACAGAUUUAUCAGACAGUGUUGUAACAGAUGUAUCAGACAGUGUUGUAACAGAAGUAUCAGACAGUGUUAUAACACCAGCAUUAGAAAUUGGCACUUGUCCUGUAGUCCUUGCCAAACUGCCCAAUGGUUCAGGUAUCAUAAGGGCUAGUGGAAAUUUGCCAAUUUAAGAGUUUUGCCAUAUGUUAUUAUUAAGGACUAGUGGACUAAAAGUGUUAGUUUCUACUGCUGAACAGAUGUAUCAGACAGUGUUACAACAGAUAUAUCAGACACUUUUAUAACAGAUGUAUCAGACAGUGUUAUAACAAAUGUAUCAGGAACUGAGAAAGACACAAGCAUUCUCACAUGAGACAACAUACAGUUCUUGUAAUAGGCUAUUCCUCAACUGUUCUGAAAGCAAGCAAUACAUAGUAGGCUGACUCUCAGUUGUUCUUGAAUAAACUCAGCAGUCAUGAUUAUCAACUCUCAGCAGCAGUUUCAUGCUGGUUCAUUUAUAAGAAAACAAAUGAAAAUUUAACAAGGCACUAAAACAAUGAGUGUUAGGUUGUGGCACUUUACAUUCUCUGAUUGUCAUGAGUAAAACACCAUACCUUAGGAAAUUGUGAGUAUCUUUGGCCACAAGGAGACCAAGGACUCGGUGAUUGUUGCUGGACGAUUUGUCACGGGAUGAUCCUGGCUACACACCAUGCAGUCCCUGUUCACCACCGUGGCAUAUUGGGCUGCACCACUGCUACAACACUUUAUUGAUUUGUGAUCACAUCCUGGCUGCUCAGCCCCUUGUCCAGCCUCAAUGUUUCCAAAUAGAUCAAUUAGCGAAAUUAUUGUUUGCUUUCUGAAACUGUGGGAGGAGACGAGGAAUUGUUACAUGUCACUGGAACAACUGCAGUGGGGGAUGUUGAGAGGACUCUGAACAUUAAACAUGUUCACUUCAAACAUCACUACAGCUGGACAAAGUGGAGUACUUGAGAUGUUUCACAGUGUGGUCAUGUUUUGCAUGACCAUUUGGGGUUGGACACAGCAACUAGUCUGCAGUAAAAGUCUGGAUGAACUACAUGUUUCCUCCAUAACCUACUUCAUUUACAAAAACAAGUCCAGAUUGAUCUGUGGACGGGUUGGAUUUAUCUGACGGUGUCUACCCUGCCGUGUAGCUAAGAUGUAACCUGUGGCAUCUACAGAACAUCUCCAUAUGAUUUUGGCACUGUAUACAUGUACUUAUGUUUGAUGUGGAAUGCUUCUAGUUGAGGUGUAGCACCAUGACCAUGUGAUGUACCUCGCACUCACCAGGUCAGCGGCACUGACAAAGGUGGGUGGUUGUUUCAUGGGUUUCAUCAUGUAUUCAUCUGUGCAGGCAAUGCUGAUAUGUAAAAAUGUUCUUGAAUUAGAUGGGUAAAGUACCGUAUUUCCUCUAUUAGACGCCGGUCCUCUAAUAGAAGCCGGGUCAAUUGUUCAGUGCAAAAAAUAGAAGCCGGGCCUCUAAUAGACACCGCGUCGAUCAGUUGAUAUGGAUAUCUAUGAAAACACAAAAUAUUUCCAUUUCGUGACGAUUCGGGACAUUCGUGGUCAUAGUGAAAUGGGGGUAUUAAUAGAAGCCCGGCCUCCAAUAGACGCCGGGACUCUAAUUGCCGCCGGGUCAAAGGCUUGUCCGAAAUAAAUAGAAGCCCAGGCGUCUAAUAGAGGAAAUACGGUACUAAUAUGUUUCGUAGGACUGUAAUUUUAAUGAGUUUAACUCCUCUUUGGAGUCUUUUGUAUAGAUAUCCCAUAAUGACUGGAUGUAAUACAAUCUAUGGUUACUUGCUAUACCUUUCAGGCUGAGUGGUGGCUGUCUUGAGCACAGUGAGCCUAUGAUUUCUUAUUUAGGGGUACUCACAGUCCAUGCCAAAACAACGUCACUCUUGGACAAUAUUAACUAAACAGCUGAACCUUCAGUACUGAUAGCUCUAAAACACAGUUGCAGGGUGUGUUUUAAAGAAGUACAAAUACAACCUACCUCCCUGUUUUGGAACCACGACAUAAUCCAUGGUUGUUGUUUAUGAAUAUCUUUAUUAGAUUGUACUCUUUAACAUUACAAAUGUCAUAACAUAGUGGAUCUGUUAAUGAUUCUCUUGAACAAGUACCCAUGAAGCAACCACCCAGUAAUAAUCAACUACUUGCUUGAUGUUCAUGUCACAGUAUUUCUGCGGAUUUUUAUGUUGCUUCACUGUCUUUUUUCAUCAUAUGAAUACAUUCAGAAGUGUGUGUCUGAUGAACAUGGGUGUCUGAUGUAUUGAUAUGAUACACGAACAAAGAUUAAUGCAAGUGAACAAAAACAAUGUUUCUUUUUCCCUCAAUGUGUUCAUUUUUUUAAAAUCUGAGGUGAAAUCUAACAGUUUUUUCAUUAUUGAGUAGCAGCUUUGUCAACAGAUCUUAUUUUUGUGAACGAGACACUAAUUUGGUGUACAUUUUUAUCGCCAAGUAUUCAUGGCCAGAUUCUUUUUAUCAGGGUUUGCACUAAUGUGUGAUUGGUUUGUUUCUAUUUCUGUUGAUGUAUGAUGGUGCUGAUUUUGUUUUCAUGAAUUAUGAUGUAUGUGAAAUUUGAUUUGACCAACUAUUGAGUGAUGUUGGUGGCAGCCAUGUGGCCGACUGUGCCAUGUUGGGGUGUCAUCACAAUACCAGGGAGUACUACAACAGCAGCAGCAGCGGCAGCAGCCUGCACGGUCAUGUCACAAGCAGUUAGCAUUGAUGUUGUACUCAUAACUGACAAUGUCAUAACAUUUGAAUUCUGAUGAUUCACAAAGUGUUGAUGGUGCUGAAUUUGGAGAUGUGUGAAAGUGGUACUAAGCAUCAAACAACUAAUAUACACCUGGAAAAUAACUGAUCACUGCUUACUGGUAUAUAUUUCCAUAUUUAUUCUGGCCAUAUAUUGACACAUUUUUUGCGUCUAUUGUCUAAUGAGACAUAUUUGUUUCUGUUUACAAAGUGAGUCAUAUUGAAAUACAGAUACUGAUAUGCAUGAUGUAAUGACAUAUUUUCCAACUAUUUGAUGGCAAUAAUUAUUUGACUACCCUUAAAGUUACCACCACUGCUUUUCUGUAUCAUGUGAUAUAACCCAGUCAUUUCUACCAUCUGGAUAACCAAUGGUCUUGUACUGAAUCAUCAUGAACCAGUGGUAUCUUAAACAGUUAUCAAAAUGAGAUCAAUGUCUUUUGUAGAUAUUUCCAAAAGAUACAUGGAAGUUUAAAAUCUUUGAAAAAAAGAAGGGGUAGUGCUUAGCUGUUUUCCAGGUUUUUUCCAGACUGUUAAUUUGAAAUACUUAUGUGUUGAGGACAAAAGAAGAACUGGAAUUUUGUGAGCAGUUUACUGGGUAAACCAUGCAUCUAAGUUAAUGGUUUUCUUGUAAUCAAGUGGUGCUUGCUUGAAUUCUUUUCUUAUGUUAUGUUAAGGAGUCACGUACAUGCAUGGCUUCUUUUAGAACUAUUUUAACUAAGUCAAAUGGCAGCAAUGCCUCUAAUCAUCUUGACAGCAAAAGUUAAAGGUUUUAACAUGAAGGAGUAGUCAUGAACAUUUUAUCAGAGUUGGUUAGGGAGGGGCCAGAUGGCAGUUAUGGUUGAGGACACCAUAUUUUCAAGUCCUCUGAUAUUGAAGAGUCAGAACUUAAUAUUGCAAAGAAACAGUUCAAACCUAAUAGGACAACUAAAACUAAGAGGUUCAGUGAUAUUUAGAUGUACAAAUUCUUCAAACAUUUUGCCCUGAUUAAACAAACAUUGCUGCUUUAUUGUUGAGAUUUACAGUGUUAAACUUUUUCUGUCUUGAGCAUUGUACUGAGCAAAAUUGAUUGAUUUUUCUGCGGAGGCCUUCAAUCUUGUGAGAACAGAGCUCGAUUCUUACACCUUCUAUGGGAGCUUCAUCUAAGUUCAGCACCAUUCAUCACAGAGUGUUGGUGAUGUAUAUAGUGUCAACCAUUGUGAAAUUCUGUGAUGUGUUCUAUGAUAUAGCAUCAUGCAGUGCAGCCACAUUGUGGGGACUUCAGGACAUGUCCUGGGCAACUGGUACCAACAAUAUUGGAAAUUCCAAACAAUGAUCCCUUCGCUAGACAAUCUCAUAGGGAUACAUUUGUUGUUAUUUUAAGAAAAACAAUACUUGGUAUCAUAAGCCUAUGUUGAACAUGAAUAUUAUUCCUCAGCAACUGGCGGUUUGGUUGUCCGACUGUAUACAGCUAUCCAUUAGAUAUGCAAGCUCAGAUAUACUUAUCAAUCAUCCAAUAUACACCAUAUAGGGAGUAAAGUCACUUGUGAUGUUAUUAUUAUGAUUAUAACUAUUCAUUGUUGAAUUUGAUCUAGACCAUGUGUAUAUCAUACCCACAAAUUAUUUUUUUAUGCAACUGCAGUUACCAUGGAUAUGAGUGAUGCAUUCAUUGCUCAUUGUUAAGGAAUGUUUAUAGUAACUGACGAUGCAAGUGACACGAUAAUGUCAUCUGUCCCUGUCCAUCUCCACUGUCUCUUUACAUCGUUCCCAUCUUUCUCUGUCCAUCUCCAAUGUCUCUUUACAUCGUUCCCAUCUUCCUCUGUCCAACUCCAAUGUCUAUACAUUGUUCCCGUCUUCCUCUGUCCAUCUCUAAUGUCUCCAUACAUUGUUCCUGUCUUCCUCUGUCCAUCUCUACUGUCUCUAUACAUUGUUCCCGUCUUCCUCUGUCCAUCUCCAAUGUCUCUUUACAUCGUUCCCAUCUUCCUCUGUCCAACUCCAAUGUCUAUACAUUGUUCCCGUCUUCCUCUGUCCAUCUCUAAUGUCUCCAUACAUUGUUCCCGUCUUCCUCUGUCCAUCUCUACUGUCUCUAUACAUUGCUCCCGUCUUCCUCUGUCCAUCUCUAAUGUCUCCAUACAUUGUUCCUGUCUUCCUCUGUCCAUCUCUACUGUCUCUAUACAUUGUUCCUGUAUUCCUCUGUCCAUCUCUACUGUCUCUAUACAUUGUUCCCAUCUUCCUCUGUCCAUCUCUACUGUCUCUAUACAUUGUUCCCGUCAUCCUCUGUCCAUCUCUACUGUCUCUAUACAUUGUUCCCGUCUUCCUGUCCAUCUCUACUGUCUCUAUACAUUGUCUCCUUCUUUCUCUGUCCAUCUCUACUGUCUCUAUACAUUGUUCCCAUCUUCCUCUGUCCAUCUCUACUGUCUCUAUACAUUGUUCCCAUCUUCCUCUGUCCAUCUCUACUGUCUCUAUACAUUGUUCCCAUCUUCCUCUGUCCAUCUCUACUGUCUAUACAUUGUUCCCAUCUUCCUCUGUCCAUCCCUUCUGUCUCUACAUUGUUCCCAUCUUCCUCUGUCCAUCCCUUCUGUCUAUACAUUGUUCCCAUCUUCCUCUGUCCAUCCCUUCUGUCUAUACAUUGUUCUCAUCUUCCUCUGUCCAUCUCCACUGUCUAUACAUUGUCUUCAGCUUCCUCUGUCCAUCUCUACUGAUUCUAUACAUUGUCUCCUUUCUCUUUCCAUCUCUACUGAUUCUAUACAUUGUUCUCAUCUUCCUCUGUCCAUCUCCACUGUCGAUACAUUAUCUUCAUCUUCCUCUGUCCAUCUCUACUGAUUCUAUACAUUGUCUCCUUCUUUCUCUGUCCAUCUCUACUGUCUAUACAUUGUCCCCAUCUUCCUCUGUCCUCCUUGUUCUGUCUGUCUCCAUUUUUUUUCCAUCUGCUCUGUUUGUUGUGUUGCUUUCUGAAUGUGUCUUAAAUUUUCUCCCUGGUUAGGAAUCCAGGACAGAUUAGGUCCCCUCUGGUCACUGUUGUGUAAGAUGGCAGUAAUACCAGGAAUGUAAAUUUUUGGGGUCAAAUGUUUGGUUUCUUGGAUUCGACGGACUGGAGCCAAAAUCCACAAUCAGAAAUAAUAUUAACAUUCUUCAGAUCUCGUCUAACUGCUUGUCUAUCCAAAUUUUGAUGGAUUAGGAAAAGUAAAAGAUACAACUAUGAAAGUCAUGUAAAGUUUAAAUAACUGACCUUUCUAGAUAGUAAUUGAUUAAAUGCAUUGAAUGUAGUCUCUGGCUACUGCAAGCAUCUUACACAUAGAACAAAUACAUUUACAGAAGUAAAUAAAUAUACUUCUUACUAUAUGAAUGCUAAGCAUUGUGCAAAAAUGAUAGCACUUUUUUCCCCAACUCAAUCGACUGACCGAAACAAUUUAAUGCUAAACAACAUCAAAACAUAUUAAGCACCACACAUUUAUUCUUAUUUUGACUGAGCUAUUUGGUUACAAAAACUUCCCUAAACCAUAAAUUCCAAAGUGUGCCCUGUAAUAACACUUCAUACAGGGAAGACCAACUUCCAGCUAUGAUCUUGUGGAUUUCUUCCCAAGUUAGUGAGUGUUGCUUUAAGCCACUAUCAACAAUAUUACAUCUGUUUUGGUGGAAUCAUUAUAAUGGAUUGUGUUGUUUUGGUUUUAGCAGACCAAAUGGCCUAAAACCCUUUCACUUGCUUGCAUGUAUCAACCUAUCCAUAAGUGUCUAUUGUCCAUGAAGCAUCCAUUGAGGUCGAGAACCAGCCCGUAAGUCUAUUCCUGAGCGUAGCUGUAUCAGCAAGUGUUACAUGUAGUCUUAGAUUGUUGACUCUUUAUCAGCAUAAACAUGAUCAUUAGCUGGAAAAUACAAGAGUUCUACUUCGGUUUUGCGUAUUCCGUAUUUUACUGAGACUGCAAUAUAUGUUAAAUUUAAAGGUCAACACAGUUAUUGGUCUAUACCAAUAUGAUUGAUUUCCUUUUGAUGACAGCCAUUGCCUUGCUUUUUAAUGCAUGCAACAGGUAUUAAAUACAAUAUCUUGGGAAAAGGCUGAAAUCAGAAACACAAUAUCUGAUCUUGUACCUUGACUUUGUAAUGUAUAGAUCAAAUCUGGGGUAGGAAAAUGGCUUUUGAUAAGAAUUCCCACUGUAAUUUUGUAGCUUUUUGUAAAAUUGUUGAAAUUGUACAUAUAUAUUAUUAACCAGUCUCUGGCUGGGUUACCUAUUGUUUAAGUGCUGAUGAUAACUGCUGAUGCUUGGAAGCUAGCCUUGGACCCCAGCUAAACUGUUCUAGAACUUAGUGUCAUAGAUAGUGUCAUUCUUGGAGGAUUACUUCCUAUAUAAGUGCUGGAUCAACAAAUCAUGCGUAACAAAUGUUGAAUAAAAUAGAACCAUGCAUAUUCAGUCAGUGGAAUUUCAAAGCCUGUAAAUCUGUGAGCUUUUAAGACUUUAUCUUCAAUAAAUGUCAUUGCCAUUACUUUGCCCUGGGGACCCGUGAAUGCAAUUAAUGAAAUCUGGUUGUUGAAAUAAAGAAACACCAAAUCUAUAUAUCCCAGUAGUUAGGUAAUGCACAUUCCAUGUAGCUGGGUUGGAAAUGAUGAUUUGAAGUUAAUGUACUGGUAGCUUCUUAUAACCAUAUGUUUCCAUAAGAAUGUCAACUUUUGUGUUUGUCACUGAAGGUGUUUGUUUAGGUUAGACUGUUUAGUGUUGCACUAAAGAGGUUAGAACAAUGAUAUGAACUGGAUAUUUUGUAAUGAAAAUGAAACUGGUAUAUAUGAAAUUAAUGAAACUUUUUCAAGUCCUUAUGAACGGUUGUGAAUUAUUUUGCCCAUGGUCAAACAUUGAACAAAGCUUACCAACCCAAGCUAGUUAACUGGAACAAGUUACAGUUCUCUUUCCCUAUUCCUUGUAACAGAUCAACUUAGUACCUUCCCUUCUGCCUGCACUGAUUAUGUGAUGCUGUAGAUGUUGUAUGUGGAUGUAUGUCACCCAGGGAGUCCCGUUACUGUGAUCCAGUGUGUGCUAUGUGAUCUGUAUAUAACAGGCCGGGAGUAUCUAUAGAUUAUAUAUCUACAUGCCUGUCUCUAGGUAAUAUCACCUUAUAUUGUGCCGUGGUUGCCCAAUUUACAACUCUAUGUUAGAUCUAUGCACUGAUCACAUCACAGCAGGAUUCCAGUCAGGCUUUCUGUCCAAAACUUUACUUGCAUUAUCUAUGAUUUGGAGAGACUGUUUAUAUUUUCUCUUUCCACUGUUAAGUUUAGUGCAAAUUUAUGGACCUACUUUUUAUGCAUUUAUUUAGUUGUGUUUCUGAAAUGAAGUCUUGAUUAGCAUCAGUGGGAGCAUAAAAUUGGGAGUACAUUAGCUUCUUUAUCGACCAUAUUAGAGGGGGAACUUGCCCCAGUGGUCAUAUACACAGCUGUCAACACAUGUCAGUGGACUGAAUACACUGUACUUGUGAGAGCCAGGUAGUUGCACUGACUUAUGGCAAGGAUUGUCUGGUUUGCCAGUUUUAUAAAGGCUGACAUGAUGUAGCUGUAAUACUGCUGACGAGAAAAAGCAUUCCCCAAGUGUAUUAGAAAACCCAAGAAUUAUUUUGUCUAUUCAUGACCAACUUAGAUGAAAAUGCAUCUGUAGAUGAAAUAUUACAUAUGGGGGUUUGAGAAAGCUAUAUAUUUUGUACUAAUGUCCUCAUAGUCUCAAAAUGCUUGUUCUAGAACAGUAUUAUCCAUUGCUCAAUUUGUAAUGAACAAUGCUUUAUCAGGUUUGUUUCAUGAACAGAAGUAAUAACUACACAGCUGUGAUGAGAGCUUAUGAAUCCGAUAUCAGUGGUGUUUGGGUUUUUUUGGUCGACAAAUGUUUACAGAUAGUGAGGCUUGUGUCUUCCGAUCACUGUGGGCAGUCCCUGGGUUGUUACCAAAGGUUGUGGAGACUGUUGGUUGUCAUAGUCCCAGCACAAUGUUGAUUACCGACACACAGUAGCAUCUAGUAUAUAUCAUGUUGAUUAUUGAAGUUUUAUCAUGUAUGUUUUAUCCUUCAUGUAUUCUACCAUUAUACAGCAUUUUCUCAGUGUUAGAAACUUGAUGGUCGAUCAAAUAGAUCUAGAAUGUAUAUAACCUAGCUAUUUAUAACCAUAGGUGGGUGGCUCAGAAAUAUGAAUGCUGAAUUGCUAAGUCUAAAGGUUAUAUCAGUAAAGAGUCCCAUUCAUUUGCAAGAAAAGUGUGUAGUUAUCUAAUGAUAUAUAAGGUAAAUAAGCAGCUGAAUCGGUCAAGGAAUGCCACUUAAUGGUGUUUUCUGAGCCACCACCGAUGUACCUGCCUUGGUGUCUAUAACCAUCACCAGAAACCCGACUGAAAAUGGCCCCCUUCUGGUGCUUCUCCUUCAACUGUGACAAUGGCACAUGUCUAUCAUCCUGUGUAUAUCCAGUCAGUAGAUCGAGAGGAAGAGGACCGAACCCAUUCAGGCAGGACACAGGAGGAGUUGGGUUUUGUCUCAACUGGCUGGAAACAACAAUCCAUUCUUGUUGUCCCCUGGCUGCAAUAUUUCAAAAGGGACAACAUAACUCCCAUUUAACAGAGUUUUCUCAUCCGUUUUCUUUGUGGCCUACUCCUCCUCCAGCUUGUGUGGGUGUUGUCGGUAGGCGACACCUUAGCCAAUGUUCAAAUGUAUAGUCACUGACUGGAACCAUGUUCAAACAACAUCGUGAAUAAAUUGCAGAAUGAAGUAAA